AUUUUAUGUAUGCAGGAGCUUAACACGUAUAGUGUAAUUUCUUACAGUAUAGCAGAAAGUUGGCUUGAUUUUGCAACAAGGAUAGAAAGUUGGUGGUUCUGAAAAACACUUAAAAGGCCGAAAGUUUAUCAGCUGAUGAGAUUUGCUUUUGAGUACUGUGAGGAAACGUUAGUAGCUGUCCCACAGAUAGACAAGUAUGUUGCUCAAACUAAGCUGAAGAAGUGAAGAGCUUGCGAGCGCAUUAUCUACUGUUUUACCAUUGAUAAUAUUCACUUCCUUUUGUAGUACGUUUUGUUGAAAAAUUUAACGUUAUUACUGUUUUUUUUUUUAAAACGAUUGCCACCUCCUGCGGCUGUGUUCUUGAGCUGUCAAUGAACAGAGGGAACACAGAUUCGACUCCGGCGUCGAGACAGAAGUCAACUCGUCCCAAAUGAAGAACGGAUGAUCAGGAGGCAACUUUCCAACUGGAUUCUAAAAAUGCAUGUAAUUCUACACCAUUUUUGUAUGAUUUACUUUUGGUACAUUUUAUGCGCACCAGUUGUGUUCUAGAUGUUAGUUUUGUGUUAAUUUUUACAAGGCAUUUUCACUCCAUGCUCGGGCAACGGGAUGGAAGUUGAGCGGUAUCGGCCUUAAAAAGUGAGACUGGGAUCUCUUGAGGAUUUGAUUCUGGUGUGAAGUUAUGACAAUGACUGGAUCAAUGGAAAAUUCUUUCAAACAAGCUUUAAAGAAACCUCCAUCACUACGGACAGCAGAGGACUUGCACACUAUUUACUGUCACUUCUACCACAUGGAUGUCCUGUCCCACCUCAGGGAGCACCAGCUCAGGUCAAUGAGUACCUCAGCCAGGUAUGAGAGACACGAAGCUAACCAGGUCCUGUUCUACGCAGACAGCAUCUCCACAUGCUGGUACACCCUCCUGUCCGGUUCAGUUAUCCUCAAGGACCACAUGUACUUGGCCAGAUGCUGCUUUGGCAAGCAGCUUGGGGGCAGACGAGGCUGUGAAUGCAUCACUUUAGAGCCCUCAGAAAUGAUUGUGGUGGACAAUGCCAGCGAGGGUGAGGGGGCACUGCAGAGGGAGGCAUCCCAGAGACGUUCCCGCCGGCGCUUUCGCAAAGUCAACCCCCGGGGAGAGCGGGAACUGAUCACUGACGGCCAGGACCCCACGGAUUAUGUGGAUAACCAGCUUCCUGGAGACCUAAACAAGAUGCACCUUACAGACCACCCCCACAGCCAGGGGAUCCACGUGCCGCCCAGCCAAUCUGGAUGCAGUAUCACCAGCGACUCGGGGAGCAGUAGCCUAUCAGACAUCUACCAGGCUACAGAGAGUGACAUGGGUGACGUGGACCUAUCCGGGCUCCCGGAGGCAGCGGUGGACUCUGAGGAGGAGGAGGAUGAAGACCUGGAGAGGACGUCAGACACCCUGAUUGGUAGAGACCUGGUCAGGGAGUGUCUGGAGAAAGACCCGGUAGACCGCAACGAUGAUGACAUUGAACAACUGUUGGCGUUCAUGCACCAGCUGCCAGCCUUUGCCAACAUGACCAUGUCAGUGCGAAGGGACCUGUGUACUGUCAUGGUGUUUGAGGUGGUGGAGCAGGCAGCGACCGUCAUCCUACAGGACAAACAGGAGCUGGACCUGUGGUAUGUGAUCCUGAACGGGGGGGUGGAGAUCGACCACCCGGACAGCCGCAUGGAGACCCUCUGCAUGGGCAACAGCUUUGGCAUCUCCCCCUCCCUGGACAAGCAGUACAUGAGCGGAGUGGUGCGCACCAAAGGGGACGACUGCCAGUUUGUGUGCAUCGCCCAAGAGGACUACUGGCGGAUCCUCAACCAUGUGGAGAAGAACACACACAAGGUGGAGGAGGAGGGAGAGAUCGUCAUGGUGAAGGAACAUCGCGAGCUGGACCGCAGCGGCACCAGGAAGGGACAUAUUGUCAUCAAGGGCACCCCACAGCGUCUGAUCAUGCACCUGGUGGAGGAGCCGUCAGUGGUGGACCCCACCUACAUUGAAGACUUCCUCCUCACCUACCGCACCUUCCUCUCCAGCCCCAUGGAGGUUGGCAAGAAGCUGCUUGAGUGGUUCAAAGUUGACAGCCUCAGAGACACGGUGACACGGAUAGUGCUGUUAUGGGUGAACAAUCAUUUCAACGACUUUGAAGGUGACCCGGCCAUGACGCAGUUCCUGGAAGACUUUGAAAAGCUGCUGGAAACCACAAAAAUGAAGGGUCACCUGAGGCUGCUGAACAUAGCGUGUGCAGCCAAGGCCAAGUGGAGGCAGAUCACCCUGCAGAAACCUUCCAGGGAGUCCCCGCUCUACUUCAGCCUGCAUGGCGGCAGCGAGAGGGGCUUCGGCAUCUUCGUGGAGUCGGUGGAGGAGAGCAGCAAGGCCGCCGAGGCAGGACUCAAACGAGGAGACCAGAUUAUGGAGAUCAAUGGUCAGAACUUUGAGAACAUCUCCUACGUCAAAGCUAUGGACUUCCUGAGGAACAACACACACCUCUCCCUCACAGUCAAGACCAACAUCUUCGUGUUCAAAGAGCUGCUGAGCCGGAUCGUACACGAGAAGAUGAACAGGGGUCCCCACAUCCCCAAGAUCCAGGAGAAGAAGGGUAACCGCUUCUCCAUCCCAGACCUGCCCGGAGACAUGGAGUUCCCCACAGACCACAAGGCCACCAAGAAGAUGAAGGCCAACACAGUUUCUGGAGGACGGAACAAGAUCAGGAAGAUGCUGGAGAAGACCCGCUUCAGCAUCCUACCACCCAAGCCUUUCAGUGAUGGCGGCGUGGGCCAGUCUCAGGAUGACAGCAUCGUGGGCACUAAGCAGUGUAGGCACAGCGUGGCCAUCAUGCCCAUCCCUGGCAGCAGCAUGUCAUCCAGCAGUCCUGAUCUGCUACAGCCAGCCACCAGUGUGCUGGACUUCUCCAACACAGCAGACAUUCCAGACCAGGUGAUCCGGGUGUUCAAGGCUGACCAGCAGAGCUGUUACAUCAUCAUCAGUAAGGAAACCACGGCCAAGGACGUGGUCAGUCAUGUGGUCAACGAGUUUGGCCUUAUCGCAGCCCCGGAGACCUACUCACUCUGUGAGGUGUCUGUCAGUCCCGAGGGCGUCCUCAAACAACGCAGGCUACCUGACCAGCUCUCUAAGCUGGCUGACCGCAUCCAGCUCAAUGGCAGGUACUACCUGAAGAACAACAUGGAGACAGAGACGUUGUGUUCAGACCAUGACGCCCAGGAGCUGCUGAAGGAGAGUCACAUCACCCUGCUCCAGCUCAGCACCGUGGAGGUGGCCGCCCAGCUCUCCAUGAGGGACUUUGAGCUGUUCCGUAACAUCGAGUCCACUCAGUACGUGGACGACCUCUUCAAGCUGCUGGACUCCUCGGGGGGGCUUCAGCAGACACACCUCAAGCAGUUUGAGGAAGUCAUCAACCAGGAGACCUUCUGGGUCGCCACGGAGAUCCUGAGAGAGCCCAACACCAUGAAGAGGACGAAGACCAUCAAACACUUCGUUAAGAUCGCCCUGCACUGUAGAGAGUGCAAGAACUUCAACUCCAUGUUCGCCAUCAUCAGUGGUCUGAAUCUGGCUCCAAUAGCUCGUCUCAGGUCGUCGUGGGAGAAGCUGCCCAGUAAGUAUGAUAAGCUGUUCCAGGACCUGCAGGACAUCUUUGACCCAUCCAGGAACAUGGCCAAGUACCGCAAUGUCCUGAGCAGCCAGAGCAUGCAGCCUCCCAUCAUCCCCCUGUUCCCUGUCGUCAAGAAGGACCUCACCUUCCUACAUGAAGGUAAUGACUCUCACGUAGACGGCCUGGUGAAUUUUGAAAAGCUAAGGAUGAUUGCUAAGGAGAUCCGUCAUGUGGUCCGUAUGACCUCCUCCAACAUGGACCCAGCUCUCAUGUUUAGACAGAGGAAGAAGAGGUGGAAGAGUUUAGGGUCUCUGAGUCAGGGCAGCACCAACUCCAACAUGUUAGACGUACAGGGCGGGGCCCAUAAGAAGCGUGUGCGUCGCAGCUCGCUGCUCAACGCUAAGAAGCUGUACGAGGAUGCUCAGAUGGCCCGUAAGGUCAAGCAGUACCUGUCCAACCUGGCGGUGGAGACGGAUGAGGAGAAACACCAGACCAUAUCUCUACAGUGUGAGCCUACCUACAGCACCUUGUCCAAGAACUUGAGUGAGCGACGGUCCAACAAGUCGGAAAUGUCUCCCGUGUCGCUGCGCUCGCCGCUGCACGGGGGGAAGACCCAGAACCGCGUGUCUCAGGUGCUCCAGGUCCAGGUACCCCUCUACCCCCUACGGAAGAAGAGCACCUCCAAGGACAUUCACACCGCACACAACUCCAGCUCUCCUCAGGUGAUAAAGAAGCCUUCCAGCUCCCAGCACAGCCAAUCAGAGGACGGUUCCUGUUUUGGGAUGAGGCCUGCUGAAGACACUGUGUCCACCGUUUCCUCCCUGCAUUCCAGCCCCACUGUAUCGCCACAGGGCUCCCCUCGCAAAGUGGGAGGCGUGGCCAACCCCCAGCAUAACACCAACAGCCAGAUGAACCGGUCUGGCUCGUCAUCCUCUCUGACCAGCGAGGCCAGCACCAAGGCAGGCACGGCAGGCAGCCGCAGCUACGGCAUAGGCUAUGCCCUGAUGCCUGCAGGGAAGUCAGACAACCUGUCCGACUCCAGCCACAGUGAGAUCUCGUCUCGCUCCAGCAUCGUCAGUAACUGCUCAGUGGACUCCAUGCCUGCUGGUCCUGCAGAGGAGCGCCAAGGCAUCAAGACCAGGGACACCACAGAGACCCCAGGCACCACCACGCAACUCACACAUGCCAACUCUGACUGCAGCCAACCCAGCACCAGUUUGUCUUUGGCACGGAGCCAGGUUAUGCGGGGCUCCACCUUCACCUCCUCGACCUCCACAGAGGAACUGGCCCCCGACCACGCUUCCCUGGACAGCGUGGUCGACAGCGGGCAGGGAAGCUGGACCUCCUGCUCCUCCAACUCCCAUGACAGCUUCCAGAGCCUGCCUGUCCCCCUUCUAGGCCUGGGCCGACCCCCUGCCUGGGACCACCUGGCGCCUGGGGGCUUCCGCCACACCCAGCUAGCAGGGCCUAUAGUAGAGGUGGAGGCUGGGCCAACCGGAGAGGAGGUAGUGGGAGCACCAGGGUCGGGAUCCAGGGGAGGAGAGGACGCCAAGAGGCUCUCCAGAGACGGUUCAGAGCUCAACCAAUCACAGCAGAGCUGGGCCUCGUCAUCCUCGCUGUCUGACACAUAUGAGGGGAAAUAUGGCACCAUCAAACGCCACACUGCAGACGGUGCCUCAGUUGCCCCCGGGGAGGGGCAUGACGCACCCCAAAGCACAGCCCCCAUCUACAAAACGGUUACUUCAAGCACCGAGAAAGGCCUCAUAGUGUAUUGUGUAACCUCUCCCACCAAGGACGAUAGGUUCAGGGGGCCUCCCCCCACCCCUCCAGGAUACCAGGGCCUCACCCUGGUUAACGAACAGGAUGGAGCUCCUCCUCGGCUCCCCCACUUGCGGCCGCCCGACUAUAGCGUGGCCCUGCAGAGGUCUAAGCUGCUACAGAGCCCCGGAGGCCUGGUGGAGGCCCGGCGCCUGGGGGUGAACCACCACCACGAAUCCCAGGGCCAGUCCAGGCCAGGCAGCGUCUGCCUACAGGGUCUGGAAGAUAGUGAGGAUGAUGAGCAGGUGUCAGCUGUGUAGAGCUAGACGCCUCAACGGACACUGCAGGUCAUUGGAGGGAGGGUGAGAGGAUGAGGGAGGGAAAGGUGGUUUUAACCUGCCAUGCUGCCUCCUCUGGGCACAAUCCUCUCACCCCUCGCUGCUCUCCGGGUCCUCAGUCUCAGCUGACGGCUGCUCGAGUCCAAACCAACGGCACCCCCACAGAACUUCUUUUUACUCCAUUUUGAAAUGUUUUAGCAACUCUCCUGUGUUUAUACUCCCACUGCCCUGGAACAGAGCUGUAAACAGACUGAGAUGUGAUGUCACGGGGUAUGGCUGAGGCGUUUGGGACACAGUGCUUAUGAAGAAGGGAUGGGCGAUGCCUGCUGAUCACUCAGUCUUUUUAACAGUACCUCCAUUUGCUUUGGUGCUUUCUUGUCCCAGGUUUUUUUUAAUGGUUUUUCCUCAGUCGAUGCAUGAAAGUGAGUGUUUUUUAGCCGUUUGCUUGAUUGUGCUCAGCUUUAAAUGGCAUGCAGACACGUGCGUAGCUCUGAGAAUAUCCAAGAAAGGAGAAAGCAUUUAUUUUUCUUCUCUGUAGUUCAGAAAGCAGAGAUCUGGCAGUCGGCAGAUAUGCCCUCAAGUUAAGAGCGACUCCACAUAUCUUUUAAUUUGCAGGGGAUGGAGGAGUGGGUGUGGGCAGCUCUUAUUGCACCUUGUGGAGUUUCAACAGCAUCUCAGGCCAUUGUGUAUGCUGCACCACACCCUCAUCUAUUCAGAUGCUCUCUCUUCCUGUGCUUGUUAACCUACGCUACUUUACUGGCAUGCUUCCAUCCAUAUGUUUAAUGAAUGUUAUUCUAAGUUGUUUUUAAUGAGUUGACAAACAAAAAGGCUCACUGCUGUAGAAUAGUACAAUGUUUUAUUUUAUUGCAGUACUGUAAAACAAAAUAUUAUCACUGUACAAACGUUAUUUGGUAAGCUUUAAAUGCGAGGCGUGCAGCCAGCAGCCCAAAGUUGUUUACAUCGAUGCUAACAAACUUCUUUAGUGUGUUUGUUACACUAGUAGUUGUCUAUUGAAUUAAAAGCUCAAAUGUAAAAGUAUUAUGAUUUCAGGUUAAUUUGAUAUGUAAAGUCUUUUUUAUAUGUGGAUCCAGCAUAAACAACACAUUUGGUGUGUUUUUUUAAUGUACCUCUUCCAUCUUGGCUAUUAAGUGUCUGCUAAUCUGGUUUAGUAGUCAUGGCAACAAAAGAAAAAACAAUGCUUGUCAAUGGAAAAUGCAUUGCAAAACUGCUAUUUCAAUACAUCUCCAUUCCUUGUUCAUAAUAUAGCUAUUUGAAAAAUAGUAAAUUUUGUAAAGUAUUUUAAAGAAUUAGCUUUAUAUUUUUUUUCUUAUUGCAAACAGAAGCUCAUUAUUUGUGUAGGUUUUAACCCUCUAGGGUUGAGGGUGAAACUGCUGAAUGAUAUUGUCAUUAGGGAUAUAACUGGACUUACUGGUUGGGGGUCUUUCCUUCAGCUGUCUGUUCUGUAUGUGACGCUUGUUGAGGUCUUUGUUUUGCCGUACUAAGACUUGAAAAUAUGAAUGGUUAUAUGUAAACAAUGUAUACAUUUAUACAUAUAUUUUUGGUUUGUCAUAAAUGAAUGUUAUACAGAUCUUGUAGAUGAAAAGAGUCCUCUAUAAAUACUAUUUUAAUAUUUUGUUAUAAUAAAAUCAAAGAUUGUGAUUGGCCCCUUUUCUGUCAAUUGGGCAGGAAUCUUUUGAGGAACUCUCUGCUCUCUGGAUCGAUUUUGGUUUGACUCCUCUUGAUGUGCUGUUGUAUAGGUGUUUAUUAUACAGUUGAAGUCGGAUGUUUACAUACACCUUAGCCAAGUACAUUUAAAUUCCCUGUCUUAGGUCAGUUAGGAUCACCACUUUAUUUUAAGAAUGCGACAUGUCAGAAUAAUAGUAGAGAAUUAUUUAUUUCAGCUUUUAUUUCUUUCAUCACAUUCCCAGUUGGUCAGAAGUUUACAUACAUUAGCAUUGCCUUUAAAUUGUUUAACUUGGGUCAAACUUGUCAUGUAGCCUUCUACAAGCGUCCCACAAUAAGUUGGGUGAAUUUUGGCCCAUUCCUCCUGACAGAGCGCUGGUGUAACUGAGUCAGGUUUGCCCACACAUUUUCUAUAGGAUUGAGGUCGGGCUUUGUGAUGGCCACUCCAAUACCUUGACUUUGUUGUCCUUAAGCUAUUUUGCCACAACUUUGGAAGUAUGCUCGGGGUCAUUGUCCAUUUGGAAGAGCCAUUUGCGACCAAGCUUUAACUUCCUGACUGAUGUCUUGAGAUGUUGCUUCAAUAUAUCCACAUAAUUGUCUUCCCUCAUGAUGCCAUCUAUUUUGUGAAGUGCACCAGUCCCUCCGGCAGCAAAGCACCCCCACAACAUGAUGCCACCUCCGCGCUUCACGGUUGGGAUGGUGUUUUAUGGCUUGGGAGUCUCCCCCUUUUUCCUCCAAACAUAACGAUUGUCAUUAUGGCCAAACUGUUCUAUUUUUGUUUCAUCAGACCAGAGGACGUUUCUCCAAAAAGUCGAUCUUUGUCCCCAUGGGCAGUUGCAAACCGUAGUCUGGCUUAUUUAUGUUGGUUUUGGAGCAGUGGCUUCUUCCUUGCUGAGUGGCCUUUCAGGUUAUAUCGAUAUAGGACUCGUUUUACUGUGGAUAUAGAUAUUUUUGUACUUGUUCCCUCCAGCAUCUUCACAAGGUCCUUUGCUGUUGUUCUGGGAUUGAUUUGCACUUUUCGCACCACAGUACGAUCAUCUCUAGGAGACCGAACGCUUCUCCUUCCUGAGCGGUAUGAUGGCUGCGUGUUCCUGUGGUGUUUAUACUUGCAUACUAUUGUUUGUACAGAUGAACGCGGUACUGUCACAGUAUUUGGAAAGUGCUCCCAAGGAUGAACCAGACUUGUGGAGGUCUUGGCUGAUAUGUCUUGAUUUUCCCAUGAUGUCAAGCAAAGAGGCACUGAGUUUGAAGGUAGGCCUUGAAAUACAUCCACAGUUACACCUCCAGUUGACUCAAAUGAUGUCAAUAAGCCUAUCAGAAUCUUCUAAAGCCCUGACAUAAUUUUCUGGAAUUCUCCAAGCUGUUUAAAGGCACAGUCAACUUAGUGUAUAUAAACUUCUGACCCACUGGAAUUGUGAUACAGUGAAAUAAUCUGUCUGUAAACAAUUGUUGGAAAAAUAACUUGUCAUGCACAAUGUAGAUGUCCUAACUGACUUGCCAAAACUAUAGUUUGUUAACAAGACAUUUGUGGAGUUGUUGACAAACGAGUUUUAAUGACUCCAACCGAAGUUUGUAAACUUCUGACUUCAACUGUAUGUUUUGACUCUGCCUCCCUUAACGUCCUGACUGAGGGCUUCACUGGCUGUGGCCUCCCGUGCUGAAAUUGUUUUCCUGAACAUGUCCUCAUCCAAAGCCACCGCAUUAUGGAGUAGGCAACAAUCUGUUUCUCAGACAUUAGAAAUGUAAUGUACAGAGCUGACAUUAUUCCCUUGUCUAUGUGAUAGGGAAGCAUGUGUGUUCUACAUAAUCUAUUCUAUUUUGAGGUUCUGUAAUGUAUCCCACUGAGCACAAUCUGGAACAGAGCUUUUAUCAAUUUCUACUGCUUUCAGACAACUGUGGUGUCAUCCUCUCUCUCUCAGCACUGCGACCCCUGCCGUUAUCUACAAGGGUGGAUGGUUCGAUCAUAGAAUGAUUCUGUAGGUUUAUUACACUCUUCAGAAUCCUAUAACAUACAGGACCUAGUAUUACUGUCCAUCACCUUUGAGGAGAAUGCAGAAAUGUAUAUACUGAACAAAAAUAUAAACACAACAUGCAAAAAUGUCAAGGACUUUACUGAGUUACAGUUCAUAUAAGGAAAUCAGUCAAUUAGGCCCUAACCUAUGGAUUUCACAUGACUGGGCAGGGGCACAGCCAUUGGUGGGCCUUGGAGGGUAUAUGUCCACUUGAGAGCCAGACCCACCCACUUGAAAGCCAAGCUCAACCAAUCAGAAUGAGAUUUUCCCCUCAAAAGGGCUUUAUUACAGACAGAAAUACUUCUCCGUUUUAUCAGCUGUCCGGGUGGCUGGUCUCAGACGAUCCCGCAGGUGAAUAACCCGUAUGUGGAUGUCCUAGUCUGGCGUGGUUACACGUGGUCUGCGGUUGUGAGGCCUUGUUGGACAUACUGCCGAAUUCUGGUGGACAAUCCUGCACUCAGCAUGUCAAUUGCAUGCUCCCUCAAAACUUGAGACAUCUGUGGCAUUGUGUUGUGUGUCAAAACUGCACAUUUUAGAGUGGCCUUUUAUUGUCCCCUGCACAAGGUGCUCCUGUGUGAUGAUCAUGCUGUUUAAUCAGCUUCUUGAUAUGGAACACCUGUCAGGUGGAUGGAUUAUCAUGGCAAAGGAGAAAUGUUCACUUACAGGGAUGUAAACUAAUUUGUGCAGAACAUUUGAGAGAAAUAAGCUUUUUGUGUUUGUGGAACAUUUCUGGGAUCUUUUAUUUCAGCUCAUGAAACAUGGGACCAACACUUUACAUGUUGAAUUUAUUUUUCUUCCGUGUGUGUAAUCAAAUAUAUAUAUAUAUAUAUAUAUGAGGUAGUCUCUCCUGUCUUUUGAUUGUGUUGUUUAAUUUAAGAUCACAACUGUGUAAAAUGCCAAGGCAUUUGUUUAACAGACUACAGCAGUCAUCCAUUUUGUCGACUGACGAUGAUCCGACUUGUGUUGUCCGCUGACCGUGUGCUUGCCUACAGUAUGCGUGGCCGGCUCACCGUGGUCCAUUCAGUUCAGCUGAUCAUAUUGAUCAGGUAACAGUUUAUUGAUCGAUGCCAAACCCUACCCGUUUCCACUAGUAGACCGAGAAAUAGCCUGCCUUGCACAUUGGGAAGAACAAAAACAACCCCUGAUGUUCAAUAGAACAGUUGUGCUCUAAACAACUCCUCAAUCAUGAAAUUCGGCUUCCCUGUGUGUCGAUUUGAUUGGCUGAUUACUGUCACCAGUAAUGCAGGGACUUUAUAUUGAAAUGGUAUAUUUUCCCUGCAUUCAGUUUAAGCCACUCUAUAGAUUCAGCCCAUACUAUACAAAACCGUUAUGGGGCUAAAGCCAAUCCCACUUCAGACAGAUCUGUAGUGGAACACACACACACACAAGCUAUAAUGACAUAUUAGUAAGAAUGAAUCCAAAGGCACCUGCCAACACUGUGGCUUUCUUCAUAGGCAUUAUUGAAUAAGUCUUGUGCUUCACAACUCUUUCUGGUCUCUGUCAUAUUACCCAGACUGCAAUAAGUGAGCUGAAAUUAUAUGUAACUCAAAAAAUCUAGGCAUUUAGCAGAACUGCACAAUUGUAAGCUUGACUGUAGCAAUUUGCUACCCAAUGUCGGUUACAAGGUAUUAUUUGGUCUGUGGCUUACUUUUGUUUUGGUUUGGUCUUACACUUUUCAUAGCUCUUGUACCUUAUGUCUUUUAGAAAGACAGUUAUUUGCUUGUAUGCUUUUUUAUAUUUUUACCAGUGAUUGUAAGUACUUGUUAUAUUUUUAUUUAAGAGAAUGUUUUAAAAAACAAAAGUAAAUUUUAUUUCUCCAAGUUAACUGAAAUGAAUUUUGACAAUAAUAAACUGUUAAACGUU